AUGAGUAGUCGGCAGCGAGAUAAGUAUCGUAAAUUUGAUUCAGGCCACCAAAAACGACAGAAAAAACAAAACCUUGAAAAAAAUCUAAAAAAGCAACGUGGUGCGUUAGACAAAUUUGUUUUUUCUUCAGAUACUCUGGAGAGAGUAGCUGAAGAACAGAAUGAAAUUGAAUGUUAUGAAGAAGAGUUAAUAUUGGAAGGUGAUACAGAGCAACCCUGUUGUUCCAAAGAAUUUGUGACUCAAAAUAGUAUUGAGAUAGUUGAAAAAUCUAGUGACUUAACAAUAAUUAAUAAUGAAAAAAUAAUUAACGAGAUCAAAGAAGCAGAAAUAAAUUUUAGUGAUCCAGAUCAGUGGCCACAGUCCUUAACCCAUGAUAUGCGAGUUAAAAUUGUUCUUAGUAAAUCUGAAAAAAUUGAAUUCUACGAAAGUUAUCCAAAAAAUGAUCAAAAUAGGAAAUUUAGUAAUAAAAUGUUUUAUAGAAUAAUGAAAAAUGGUGAAAAAAUAUCAAGAAAUUGGUUGUUGUAUUCAAAAUCACGUGAUCGAGUUUAUUGUUUUUCUUGCAAACUUUUUAGUUCACAAUUAAAAAUUCCUAACCCUGGUAGUUUAACUAAUAAUGGAACCUCAGAUUGGAAACAUAUAGCAUUAAAAUUGGAACAACACGAAAAUUCUUCUUCUCAUAAAGAAACAAUUCUCUCUUGGAACGAAUUAAAAACACGAAUUAUUAAAAACGAAACUAUCGAUGAUUUGCAUUUAAAGGAAAUAGAUAAAGAAAAACCAUCAUUGCCGAUGGAGCUAUAUUAUCAUUUAGUGAACGAUUUAAUCAAUUUAAAAUUUAUAGCGACAAUUUCAGUUUUCUAUACAAUAUUGGUGAGCUCCAAAAAAUAA